UGGCCGCUUCGCUCGCUUUCCUUCUACAUAUCUCACCUUCCUCUCCUCCCACCUUUUUAACCUAUUCCAAUCUCCCUCCUCCUCCCCUCCCCUCGCCUCCCCCAAAUCCCCGCACCUCCACCAAAUCAUGUCGCCGGAGGGCAGUGACUCCACCGUCAUCUCCGGCGACUCCAUUCCCUCCCCAUUGCCACCUCCCCCCACCUUCAAUCUCCUCGAACUAACCCUCAUCUCCGCCCAAGAUCUCUUCCCCUCCUCACGCUCCGUCCAUACCUACGCCGUCACUUGGCUCCACCCUUCCCGACGCCUCCGCACCCGUCUCGAUUCCUCCGGCCACACUUCCCCCACUUGGAACGACAAAUUCCUCUUCCGCAUCGACGAUUCAACUCUCUGCUCCGAUACAUCCGCCAUCCAAAUCAACAUCUACGCUUCCCGAUCCCGUAUCCUUCCCGGCCCCGAUACCCUCCUCGGCACCACCCGCGUUAUUCUCAGCACUCUUCACCCCUCCCUUUCCACCCGAUUCUUCGCCCUCCAAAUUCGCCGCCCUGCUUCACUCCGUCCACAGGGUAUCCUCAAUAUCGGCAUCGGCAUUGCAGAUCCCUACGUUUGUAGCCUCCCUCUCUACGCCAAUCUCCGUACCUCCGCCUUCGCUUACCAUGACCUAAUGGAGGCCGCUACGUCUCCCAAGCCGAGGAAGAAGGGAGGUUUAAACGAAAUCAACGCCACUCCGCCGCGGCUUCCGCAGCCGCCAGCCGCACCCCGCUGCUAUCGAUAGAAGCGGAUCGGUGGGCGGAUCAGGUGAAACGGAACGAGUAGUUUUGGAGAAGAAGCUGAAGAAGUGGAAAUCGGAGAUUUGGGCGUCGGAGGAUCAGAUGGAAUGGGAGAAAGGGGAGCAGUCGCCGGCGGCGACUGAUGAUGGGGGAGUAUCGAGAAGGGGAAAGCUGUGGAGGCCGAGGGCUAUGUCUUGCUUUAAUCUUGCUGGGCAAUAUGCGGAUGAGCUUGCAGAAGAUGACAAUAGCAGUACGAGUAGCUGGAGCAGCAGCAGCCAGCGGUGAUCGAAUUCUUUUUAAUUGAGUACGCUGGUUCUACUCUAUUGGGUUGCUAUUGUUUGUUUCUUCUUCUUCUUCUGAUCUCUUCUGACCUGCUGUAAAUUACUGGUUUA